AGCUCCUGCUCCGAUCAUGGAUGGUGUCAUCACGACAAUUGAACUGGAUAGGACAGAGGACGAAUUAGGAUUCAGUAUAGUAGGCGGUAACGAUACACCAUUGGUUGGGAUCGUGGUACAAGAAGUCUUCCCAGGGGGGUUGAUAGACACUGAUGGAAGAGUUUUACAAGGUGAUCAAAUAUUAGAGGUCAACGGUGAAGAUUUACGUGAUGUGACUCAUAGUCAGGGGAGGGCAGCACUUAGUAGAAUGUCCUCGGUAGUUAGGUUGACAAUACUCAGGGAAAAGGUAGAAGAUAAAAGUUUACCCUCAGAGCGGGAAGAAGUAACUAAGGUUUCCUUGGCUCGGGUAUAUGGUGUACCUUUGGGCAUCAAAAUAGUUGGAAAAAAAAAUGAACCUGGUGUUUACAUUUUGGAUUUGAUUGAAGAUAGUGUUGCAUUUCGGGAUGGCAGGUUAUGCCCCGAUGACAGGAUAUUAGAAAUCAACCACCAAGAUAUGAGGGAUGGUACUCCAGAAGCAGCAGCACACGCCAUCAAGUCAAGUAAAGAAAAGGUUAAUUUUGUGGUGAGCAGAAUGGUACGACCUACAACCCCUGACCUCAUUAAAUGUAUGGCUCAGGAAUUCUCCACGUUUGGUAUGUCCAAUCAGAAAGCUGGAGUGCCACAGUUGAGAUCCAGAGAGAAGUUUAUCACUAUAAACAAGGAAUCAAGUGAGUCACUGGGUAUCAGUGUGUCUGGUGGCUUGAAUAGCGGUGUAGGCGACAUACCUUUGUACGUCAGCGAUAUACAGCCAAAUGGUGCUGUUGGAAGAGAUGGACAACUCCAACAUGGAGACGUGCUGAUAAGUAUCAAUAGUACGAGUCUUGUCAAGUUGACGCAUGCCGAGGCUGUCGGUGUACUUAAAGCCUGCGCUGGUUUCCAGACCAUCUCAAUGAAAUGCAUAGCAGCCCAGGGACAUGAAUUAAUGGAUGCGAACCGUUCAUUUACUCCUUCAUGGGUCACAUGGUUGACAAUGCCAAGAUACUGUCACGUACCUCUUGAUAUUACUCUUGAGAAAGGAUCAAAUUGUAGUCUUGGCUUCAGCAUUGUUGGUGGUGCUGACUAUUGUCAUGGUUACCCGGCUAUUUUUGUCAAGUCAGUUGUUCCAUAUGGGCCGGCAGAACAAGAUGGCCGCCUAAGGUGCGGUGAUCAGAUAUUAGCGGUGAAUGGGCAAGCGCUUCAAGAUAUGACGCAUGCUGUAACGGUGGCGUUGCUAAAAAGAACUAAAGGGCGGGUCACAUUGACAGUAGUUCAUUGGCCAGGAAGCAUGCACUGA